ACCAACCGGAGAGAAGGGCAAAAAGAGAACAUUCACCUCUGUUCGUCAGCUACGUCUUACGUUCUCACUGUAUUCUCAAGUUUUGUACCUACCCAUCUCUAUCCAGAAAGAUGCUGUCCUCGCGGCUCCAGUGCGCCUUUGCGCUCCUGUCCCUCGCGCUGGCUAUCAGCUGCAUCUCAGCGGCGCCGUCAGACGUUAAACUCAGACAGCUGCUUCAGAGAUCACUCUUCGCACCCGGAGGAAAACAGGAACUCGCCCGGCUCACGCUGGCAGAACUGUUGUCCGAGCUCGCACAAGCAGAGAACGAGGCGCUGGAUACCGAAGACGUGUCUCGCGGAGCUGAGGGUGAAGACGUGCGCUUCGAGCUGGAGAGGUCCGCCGGUUCCAUGCUGGCACCCCGCGAGCGCAAAGCUGGAUGCAAGAACUUCUUCUGGAAAACCUUCACGUCGUGUUAAUUUACAGCUAACCAGCCACAUACUACGGGCUCAAAUCCAUUUUCAUGACGACAUAACUUUCUUUUAUUUUUUUCUCUUCUUUUAUUUUUUUUUGCUUCCAAAAACUCAUCAGCCACCAAACCCACAUCGAUCAUCCAUCGAAAAGAUGUAAAUAAAAUGAUCGAAAAUAUGAUACUGUUGAUAUUAUCAAUGAGAAUAAUGGCGCUCACCAUUCUCAUUUUAUUUGACAAUGUAGAGUUUUACUAUUAUCUGAGAGCGAGCUUGAAGUUAUUGUUUUAACGAAUGUAUGUUCCGCUCUCGAUUGUCCUGUUCGUAAUCUGGCAGAUAAACUAUUUUUAAU